AUGACUAUCAUCGUUAAAAUUUUAGAUAAAACGAAUUGGCGCCAUUGUCAUUUGACUACUCUCAACAAUUCUGGUCCUUUUUCCAAAUCACAAAAUGCAAAUUCUAAGAACAAUUUAACAUUCAACAUCUCUGCUGAUCGUAGCAAUUCAAUGGGCAGCAGAGAAACUGAAGCAGUUCAUAAAAAUAGUCGUUGGUGCACCUUCAAAUGGGAAUCAUUAUGGUGCACGGUCAGCCCACGUUGCGUUUAUAUCACCAUCACUGAAAUGAUUAUUUUCCUUCUUCUUCGUAUAUUAUUUUGCUUUCUGACACCAUAUCUACACCUACCUGCGUUUCAAUGUUAG